CGGCCUGCUGCCCCGUUCGCUCUUUUCACGACGACCAUCAUGCUGUCUUUCCUUUCGCUGGGCUUGCUCGCUGUGCCUGCCGUGCGUGCAGCAGGUCUUCCGUUCUUUGCUCGAGAUGCCUCGACCAACUCGACGAAUUCGACUGUCGACAUGGUGGCUGCCUCCUGGUACGCAGGGUGGCACUCAGAGAACUUCACCUUGGACGACGUUAGUUGGGAAAAGUACACACACUUGAUAUACUCUUUUGCUAUCCCAACCUCGAGUGUUAGCAAUGUCUCUCUAUCUGGCUCGAACCCCGAUCUGCUGCCUCAAUUCGUCUCCAUGGCCCAUGAGAACGACGUGAAGGCAAUGGUGUCCAUUGGUGGCUGGGAUGGCUCCGUGCACUAUUCACCCAGCGUAGGGUCCGAAGCGAACAUCACGACCUUUGUCGAGACUCUCAGUAACUUCAUUGACACGUACAACCUCGAUGGUCUUGACUUCGAUUGGGAGUAUCCCGGCAGCCAGGGUGUCGGCUGCAACGUCGUCUCCGAUAACGAUACCAGCAACUUCCUGUCGUUCCUCCAGGCUCUGCGCUCUGAGGUUGGACCCGACUUCACCUUGACAGCCUCGACGCCGAUCACGCCCUGGACGGGUGCCAAUGUCUCUGACUUCGCAGACGUGCUCGACUGGAUCAAUGUCAUGAAUUACGACGUCUGGGGCAGCUGGGAUAGCACCGUCGGCCCGAACUCGCCACUCAACGACUCGUGCGCCGCGACCGCAGACCAACAAGGCAGUGCUGUCAGCGCCGUCGCCAAGUGGACGGAGGCUGGCAUGCCCGCGCACCAGAUAGUACUCGGCGUGGCGUCCUACGGGCACUCGUUCUACGUCGAGAGUGCUGACGCGUUCACGGCGGAUUCCUACGCGAUUGCUUCUUACCCAGCGUUUGUCAGCUCAGAGCAACCCCUCGGGGAUGCUUGGGACAAUACUACUAACACGGAUGUCUGCGGUGACGUGUCUGGGCCCACUGGUGUUUUCGACUUCUGGGGCCUGAUUGACGCUGGUUUCCUGUUCGAGAACGGUACAGUCGCCGCGGGCAUUGACUACCGUUACGACGAGUGCAGCCAGACUCCGUAUGUCUACAACCAGUGCACCCAGGUGAUGGUCUCGUACGACAAUGCCGAGUCCUUCGCUGCGAAGGGCAGUUACAUCGCGUCUACCAAUCUGCGCGGCUUCGCCAUGUGGGAAGCAGGCGGCGACUACAACGACAUUCUGCUCAACUCGAUCCGCAAAGCGGUCGGCUUCGAGGACGACGAUGACGGUGACUGCUAGUCAUGUCGCCUCUGAUUGUCCAAGUAGUUGGGGCGGGCAGUUAAUUCUGUCCUUUGUUGUGCAUGGUCACAGCAGCCCAUACAUUCUCUGCCAAAUUUCCUGUCAUUCUGUGUGUCGUCGUUGCUCGGUCCGUGUUUCUCGUCGCUUCCGUUCAUGCUACAUAGUAAUCGCAUUGACUGUGCCGUGUCAUCUGUAGUUAAUAGCCUUACUAUAUCCCC